AUGGCAACAAACCCCACAACGCUUGAGAGAAGUGGUUCACGACGAGGUCAAUCUCAAUCUCAAUCUCACUCCCACUCCCACUCCACCUCAACUCGAUCCCAUUCUACGAGAUCCAAGGACCCGGUGCCUGCCAGUCCGCAUCGAGGCCAUUCCAGUCAUCACAGAACCUCUUCGCGCGAAGAAAGAGCGCCGCAGCAGCAAAGAGACUACGAACGUGAGCCUUCCAACGCCGCGCAUUCCCAUCGCCCAAGCAGCAGCAGAGACCGAUCAUCGCAUUCGCAUUCGCAGUCACAAUCCAGAUCAGACGCCAGAAGCGCACCUAAUCACCAUCACCAUCGUUCACAUCACAGUCGGUACUCGAAAGAUAUGUCGACCUCCGUCGCGAAUGGGGCGGGCCCAGCUCCAGUGGUAAAUGCACAGGAUUCAAGGCAUACUGGAAGAUCGGGAAAGUCGAGAACCACCAUUCCAGCACAAACAGGCAAUUGGGUUCUGGGUAAGACUAUUGGUGCAGGGAGUAUGGGAAAGGUGAAAUUAGCUCGAAGACCGGAAGGGGGUGAACAGGUAGGCACCGAUUCUCGAGUCUUUUUGAUGACAUGAACUGAUUUUUUCCUAGGUAGCAGUAAAAAUAGUUCCCCGAGGAAUGACUGACGAUGGCCACAACCAGAGCCAGGCAGACCGAGAACGUGCGGAGCAUUCCAAGGAAGUUCGAACAGCCAGAGAGGCAGCUAUUGUUACUCUCCUGGAGCACCCAUAUAUCUGCGCAAUGCGAGAUGUUGUGCGGACGACCUACCACUGGUACAUGCUUUUUGAAUAUGUCAAUGGAGGACAAAUGCUCGACUAUAUCAUCUCCCACGGGCGCCUAAAGGAGAAGCAAGCUAGAAAAUUCAGCAGGCAAAUUGCAAGCGCUCUGGACUACUGCCAUCGAAACAGCAUCGUGCAUCGGGAUCUGAAGAUUGAAAAUAUUUUAAUAAGCAAGACAGGAGACAUUAAGAUUAUUGAUUUUGGCUUGAGCAAUUUGUUUGCUCCACGGAGUCAUCUGAAGACAUUUUGCGGAAGUUUGUAUUUUGCUGCACCCGAAUUAUUGCAAGCGAAGGCGUAUACUGGACCAGAGGUAGACGUAUGGAGUUUUGGGAUUGUGCUUUAUGUUCUUGUUUGCGGAAAAGUACCCUUCGAUGACCAAAGCAUGCCGGCGUUGCAUGCUAAGAUCAAGAAAGGAAUUGUUGAUUAUCCAAAUUGGUUGUCCCCAGGUAAGUGAUGUUGUUCCAUGGAAAAUUACGCCCACUGACAGUCACAGAAUGCAAGAACCUCAUCUCAAGAAUGCUUGUGACCGACCCAAGACAACGCGCAAGUUUGCAAGAAAUCAUGAACCAUCCUUGGAUGAUGAAGGGAUUCGGGUCGCCUCCUGAAAACUACCUACCGGUGCGGGAGCCAAUUCAAUUGCCUCUUGACCCAGCUGUCAUCCAGGCUAUGACAGGUUUCGAUUUUGGGCCUCCAGAACUUAUACAAAGUCAAUUGUUGGAAGUGAUCGAGUCUCAAGAAUACCAACGAGCUGUCAGAGUGGCGGCACAGGAACGGGAAUCACAGACUCAACCAAAAGAUGCCGAAAAGAAACGAGGGUUUGGAUUCGACUUUUACAAAAGACGAUCCUCGAACACCAGCCGAGAUACUCUCACAGCCCCUAGCUCUGAGGGCCUGGCUCUCGGAAAUGACCCAGUAAAUGCUUACCAUCCUCUGAUCUCUGUUUAUUAUCUCGUGAGAGAGAAGCAGGAGCGGGAUAGGCUUGCUGCAAAUCCCGGGGCUACAAGCUUGCCACGUUCACCUGGGGAGGCCCCCCUUCAAAUGCCAGAAUUGCCGGCUCCAAAAGCAGCACACACCAACGCUGCUGCUUAUGAGAUGCCAGGAGAAAAGGCAACUGGCGGACGUUCACGACCUCGUGCUAGAACACAUGGAGAAGAUGAUGUAACGGAAGGUUUGAAGCAUUUGAGAGUUGCCGCGGGUGCAAGUGGUCCAACUUCUCCAGCAAUCAUCGAGCCUCCCCCAGAGCAAACUCACACCCGUAAAGAGAGCACUGCUGCUGGAAUUUUGCGAAGAUUUAGCACAAGGAGACGCAAAGAGACCUCUGAGAGAAACUUUGAUAAGAGCCAUCCACCCCAAGUUCAUGUGCACGAACCAAGCACUAUUCGAAAAAGUUUUAGUGUGCGUCGAACUCGGGAGCGCGAGCGCGAUAUUGAAGGACCACCAUCAUCUAUACUUCGCUCUGGCAGUAGCCAACCACAGCACAGCGAGAUGUUGUCACCACCAAGAUCCGCUGAUAAUAGUGCACGAAGCUCAAAUAAAUUGGGGAGGUCAACUAGUGUUAACUCAGCCGAGUUCAGGCGGAAGGAGAGUAGAAGAGCGGCAGCAGAAGUUCCGCCAACACCAAAGGUUACCUACAAGCAACCCCCUCCUACAAGUGAUUCGGAGCACUCGACUUCGAAUGAAAAACCAAAACGAGAUUCAGAGCAAAAGUCUUCCUCACACUUAAAUCCAAAAUCAGCCAGAGCGAAAUCACUUGGCCAUGCUCGCCGGGAAAGCAUUCAAGCACGACGCGCCCGCCGAGAUGAGAAUCGUGAGGCCAAUGUGCCAGAGGAGACCGACCUGGAGCUUGGGAAUGCUAGUGGUGUAUCUACGGAGCGCAUCGAAACAGCAGAGAAUGUAAAGCCUGUAUUUUUGAAGGGGCUUUUCAGCGUUUCAACUACGUCUACAAAGCCAGUUCAUGCUAUACGCGCGGACAUCAUUCGAGUUUUAAGACAGCUGGGCGUCGACUACAAUGAGAUUAGAGGUGGUUUCAGUUGCAGACACACUCCUUCAAUUGAUUUGAAGAGGGUCGUGGACCUUCCUCCCAGUAGCCAUGGCAAUCAGACACCGAGUCACCGUCGCCGCAUCAGCUUCGGAGGCCUUAUGGGCGGCGGUAGUAACAGUAUGGACAGAGAUCGAGAAGAGUUUCGAGAAGCGGAAAGAUCGCCACAAACACCUAGAACUCCUGGUAGACACCGAGGAGAUAAUAGCUAUACCAAUUCCGAUGCUUCCGAUGACAGUGUCCACCGCACCCGCCGGGGUGGUCCUUCAACCAGAGCCGUUGGGGAAACCAGCACUCAUGUACAGAGCGAGUUGGGUGGCAGCAUGAUUCUCGAGUUCGAAAUCUUCAUCGUCAAGAUUUCACUACUGUCUCUUCACGGGCUUCAAUUCAAACGUUUGGCAGGAGGAACUUGGCAAUACAAAAACAUGGCUGAUCAGAUACUGAGGGAGCUCAGACUAUGA